AAAGGAUUCUUCCUUCAAAAAAAUAAUAAAAACGGUUCUCAAAAACUCUUCUCGAUUUUACUUUCCACAGCUUUGGUUUUAAAGAAACUUCCACAACUUGUUAGUUACAUUUCAAUUCCUUCAUUUCAUUUUUUCCUAUAAAUACUUGCUUCUACAACUGCACCUAACCACUCAUUACUGUUAGUUACCAUUCAUUCACAAAGAAAAAACCAAUUCACCAUUCUUAAUUUUCCUUCAUCUCUCUCAAAGAUAUUUUCUCUAAUAUCUUCAAAGCUUCAUCAUCAACAUCAUGGAUAUUGCACAUUUUAUAUUUGGAGUAUUUGGAAAUGCUUUUGGCCUUUUUCUCUUCUUGGCUCCAAUAAUCACGUUCAAGAGGAUCAUUGUCAACAAAUCAACUGAAAAAUUCUCUGGUGUUCCUUACCCUAUGACACUUCUCAACUGUCUUCUUUCUGCUUGGUAUGGUUUACCAUUUGUGUCACCAGACAACAUACUUGUAACAAUCAUAAAUGGAACAGGAGCAGUUAUUGAAAUCAUAUAUGUUUUCAUUUUCAUAGUGUUUGCACCUAAGAAGGAGAAGCUGAAAAUAAGUGGCUUAUUUGCCUUUGUAAUAACAGUGUUUGCAGCUGUUGUUUUCAUUUCUCUGUUUGCUUUGCAUGGUAAUUCAAGGAAAGUGUUUUGUGGUUUUGCUGCUGCAAUAUUUUCAAUCAUCAUGUAUGGUUCACCACUCUCAAUUAUGAGACUAGUGAUCAAAACAAAGAGUGUGGAGUUCAUGCCAUUCUUCCUUUCACUAUUUGUCUUUCUAUGUGGUACCUCAUGGUUCAUCUUUGGCCUAUUAGGACGUGACCCAUUUAUUUUUGUACCAAAUGGAGUGGGGUCAUUUUUAGGGACAUUGCAACUAAUAUUGUAUUUCAUAUACCGAGGCAAUAAAGGGAAUGCAAAAACACCAACAACAAAAGAAGAAGCAAUGGAAAUGGGCACUGCAAAACCAAUGGGAGAAGGAGAACUCAAAGGGGACACGACUUAGGACACGUGUUAGUUUAAAACUUGUUUACACAUACAACAUAAACCUCGGUUAUGUUUGUCACUAUUUGGCACCAAUUUAUAAGUAGCACUAUUCUAUCUUUGUUGUAAUCUUACUUCUUUGUUAUGGAAAUUGCAAUUCUAGAGUUGUGAUAUAUAUGCAUGCUUUGUCUGAAA